GAUAAACCCAACAAUAACGUUCCGCGUUAACUUGAAGUUCGAAAUCCAUAAAUCUAUUUCUCCUGAUUUCUUAUAAAAAUGCAAAUAUUAGGACUCAAAUUGAUCCCGUUAACUGAACCUUUACACCGACGAAAAGAAGCUUUGGCUGCAGGGGCAUAUUUUGCUAUGUUUUCGUAUGGAGGAUACUUAGGUGUACUGUUUGGUGUAUAUCUAUUGUUUACACGCUUUUGGUGGCUAUCAUUAAUAUACACCUGCUGGAUAUACUUGGAUAGAAAAACUUGUGAAACUGGCGGACGAUCGUCCCCCUGGAUACAAAAGUGGAGUUGGUGGCGUCACUUACGGAACUACUUCCCAGCACGUACAGUACUUGUGCCAGGUUUUAAACUAGAUCCAAAGAAAAAUUACUUUUUUGGUUGCUUUCCUCAUGGUAUAAUACCCCACGGUCCGUUCUCGUCGUUACUAAGUCCAGGAACUACAUUACAACAAAUAUACCCAGAAAUGACAGUUAAAAUAGCACCAAUGGAACAAUUCUUCCAUUUACCUUUUGUUAGAGAAUUAGUUCUCGGGAAAGGAGGGAUUUCUUGCUCGGCUAAAUCAUUGACUUACAUGUUAACUAGACCUGAAGGAGGAUUUGGAGUUAGUCUGUCUCCAGGUGGAGCAGCAGAAACAAUGUACGCACGACCAGGACAACAUAAAUUAGUACUGAAACACAGAAAAGGCUUUGUUAAAAUCGCUUUGAAAACUGGGGCAUCUUUAGUACCAGUUUUUACGUUUGGAGAAAUAGACUUGUUCGACCAAAUUCAACAUCCUUUAGUGUGCAGAUUUCAACUAUUUUUGAAAAAACUAUUUCAUUUUACUUUUGCUUUGCCUCUUGGAAGUGGGUUUUUUCAGACGUCUUUUGGUUUGAUUCCACGAAGAAAACCACUUUUCACUGUUGUGGGGCUACCGAUAGAUGUUGUUAGAGUCGAAAAUCCAACGCAAGAGGAAAUUGACGAGUUGCACCAGAAAUUCAUAAAACAGUUAGUUCACUUGUUCAAUACAUACAAAUAUGAUUAUUUGGUAGAUCCAGAAGCGAGUGUUUUAGAGUUUAAUAACACGUUGGCAGUACUGACGAAGUGCCACCUAACGAAUUUGUUUCUUAAACCAUAUGGAUACAACCCUUGA